AUGUCGUACUACUUUACCAUCCUCUCCCCCACCGACGCCCCGCUGUUCAACAUCGCCUUUGGCACGUCUAAGAGCGGCGGCGAUGGCAUUGCCCGCUUCCGCUUCCCUGACACCGCGCAGUACAUGAACCAGUUUAUUAUCCACUCUAGUUUGGAUAUUGUUGAGGAGGCGCAGUGGAUGAAUGGGAAUAU